AUGGCCAAUGCUAAUAUCCAAUUAGUCGUAGUUGGCAAUUUCGUCCAUAUCUCUGAAACGAAUUGUCAGGAAAUUGCUUACUUACACGAUCAUAUCAUGAUCGUCAAUACUAGUGGCAAGAUAGUUUUUUUUGAUCGUGGUAACUUGACAGACUUAAGAAAGGAAUACCAAUUUAAUGAAAAAGAUAUCUUAGCGAUGACUUCAGGACAAUUUAUGAUACCUGGCCUAAUUGAUACUCGUGCAACAGCUACUUGCUUUCCAAUGGCAUGUACACAUAUGGAUAAGAAAUCCUUUGACUGGCUAGAAAAUUGUGCUUUACCAGCAGAAGCUCAAUGCUUUGAUCUAAACUACACAGAGCGGUUAAUGCAGAAAUUAGUUAAAUGCAUGGUCGAUAAUGGGACCACAACCGCAUGCUACUUAAUGAGUAUGCAUUUUGAUGCUUGUUCCACUUUAGCCAAUAUCACAAUUAAAAAAGGACAAAGAGCAAUAAUAGGGAAAACUUGCAUGGAUAGAAAUUCUCCUUAUUUUUACUUUGAGACAUCUAAUCAAGCAUAUGAAAGUACUGUCAGGCUGGUUAGAACAUUGCGUAGUCGUGUGAGUCCGCUACUAAUGCCUGUUCUUGUGCUUCGAUUACGCCAAACAACAACCGAAAAACUCGUGCAAAAAUUUAAUCAAUUAUCCAAAGAUCUCGGGAUCUGUAUUCAGACAACAAUGGCUCAAAGUGCAGAGGAAGUCAAAAUAGCUUUUGAAAUGUUUCCUAAUAAUAAAACGUAUACCAGCAUAUUGGAUAAAGCAUCUCUACUUACUCCUCGGACUAUUUUAGCUCACUGUAUCCACGUAACCGAAGAAGAUAUUCAAUUAUUGAAAGACCGAAAUGUUGGUGUAUCUCACUGUCCUAAUUCUAAUAUUAGUAUACGUAGUGGUAUAUUCGAUGCUCGUAAGUUUUUGAAAUAUAACGUUAACGUUGGCCUAGGCACAGAUAUCGGAGCUGGCUACUCUGUCUCAAUAUUAAAUGCAAUAAGGAUGGCCAUAACUACGUCAAAGAUUAUUAGCAUUGGAAAAGUGAAAGAAACUGCAUAUCAACCAAUCAGUAACGCAGAAGCAUUUUGUAUGGCAACAUUAGGGGGAGCGAAAGUCUUAGGAUUGGAUAAAAGGAUCGGAAAUUUUCAGACGGGGAAAGACUUUGAUGCCCUUCUCAUCGAUUGUAACGUCGAUAAUUCUGUAAUCUCCACGUUCGAUUUUGAUGGAUUGGAGGAAAAAUUUCAACGUUUCCUUUACGCUGGGGAUGAUAGAAAUAUCAUUAAUGUUUACGUCGCUGGUAAAAGUAUUAAGUCUAAUUAA